GUUUGCCAUCAGUCAGAGGAGUCAACAGAGAGACACAGGACACACCACUCCACCAGGAUCCAAGAUGGCGUCUCGCUCUGAGGACGAUCUGACUUGUCCCACCUGCAUGAACAUCUUCAACAACCCCGUGCUCCUCUCCUGCGGCCACAGCUCCUGCUCCGAGUGUCUGCAGCGAUGGUGGAAGGAAAACAAAAUGAAAAACUGCCCCCUAUGUAGAGCCAGAUGUACGACGGCCAAUCCACCGCGAAACCUGGCGCUCAAAAACCUCUGCGAGACGUUUCUUCAAGAGCAAGAGAAGAAAGCCAAUCCGGACGAGCUGAGGGAGAAGCUAACCGCGCUAAAGCUGAGGAUGGAUCAUUUACGAGAGCUCAAAGAUGGCUACGAUAAAAUUCUGGAUCACGUUAAAGCUCAGGUCAAAACCGUGGAACGCCAGAUUAAGAGGCAGUUCAGAACGUUGCACCGAUUUUUGGAGGAAGACGAAGAAGCGAGGAUUGCAGAUUUAAGGGAGGAGGAAGAGCGCAAAAGUCAAACGCUGAGGGAGCUGGUCGAAAACAUCGGCCGCGAAAUGGCGUCGUUGUCCGAGAUUGUCCGGGUGACGGAAGACGCGCUCGACGAGGAAAAUGCGUCUGGAGAAAAAUGCAAAACUGCGAUCGACAAAGCUAUGCAGCAACGAAAUACGCCGGAUGAUUCCAACGAGAGUCAGCUCAUUGACGUGACGAAACACGUUGGGAAUUUGAGCUUCAAAAUCUGGCAAAAAAUGCUUAAAGUCGUGCGGUACUAUCCUGUGAUCCUCGAUCCGAACACGGCGGGAAAUCUGUUGAGUUUAUCCGAAGAUUUGACGGCGUUUAAAGAAGGAGAAGACCAGAGACUUCCGGACACGAGGGAUCGACUUUCGCUCUUGUCUGUUUUAGGAUCAGAGGGUUACAGUUCCGGUAAACACAGUUGGGAUGUGCAGUUCGGGGAGUCAAAAUGUUGGGGCGUGGGAGUAAUCGAGAAAAAAAGACCCGAUCAUCGACUCGAAGAGGGAGACUCGUGGAGGUUAGUGAACGGAUUUUUCGGACUGAUGGCGCUCGAGCCGGACUACGAAGGCGUGGCCAUCCCGAGUCCGAGCGGGCUGGAAGUGACGCGGAUCCGGUUGGAGCUGGACUACGCUAGCGGAUCGUUAGCGCUCAUAAACCUGGACUCGUACACGCUCAUUCACAAGUUCAGACACAGGUUCAAGGGGAAAGUUUAUCCGUAUUUUUACAACUGGGACCAGAACAACAUCCGAGUCCUGCCGAAGCACUUUGUUCUAAACUCCAGGAAAAACGGCAUCGUUGUUCCGGACGGUAAAGAUGAUCCCACUCCAACUGCGAGGUACUGAAUACUUUCGGUGCUUCUCGGAAAUGUCGAAAACACCUGAAAAACUUGCCUCCUCUACUUUACGAAGCCGCGAGUCUGAUCACCGUCAAAUCUCCCUGAGCGACGGGCGGAUUAACCAAUCAGGCGCACGCAUCGAUCCAUCCAUAUCAAAACAAACAUGGCUGCUUACGAGGAAAAAAAAAAAAACGCACAAAACUAUCACCAGACUAAAAAACAUGGUGGAUUUCUGCAGAAUCAGCGAGCAAAACACUAAACUUUGAAUCUGAGGUGGGAGAAAUGUUUAUUUAUUUGUAAAUGAUGAACGGCCAAUGAGCUGCGUCGUUUCACACGUGUCACUGGAAUAAACAAAUCUGAUUGGACGAGACGGAUACCUCUUUAAAAAAUACAGACAGAUAGAUAUCGCUGUGGAUUUGCCAGAUAAAUGCACCAUAUAAAUACUGUUAUUGUGUAUUUGAGCAAGACACUUCACCUGCCGUGCUAUAAUGGGAUUUUGUCAGUGCGUUGGUCUAAAAAAAUGACAGUUAUUCCAACACAACAUUUACAAACUGAAACUGAAACUGAAUCCCGUGUCUCGCAGGUUUGUUCUGUUGAGUUUUGAGUGUCACACAACAUCUCCACACGUUAAAGUGCUGCUCUGUAACUUUACUGUAAUGUUAUAAUAUUGUGACCGUCCUCAUCUUGUUUUUUUUUUAAUGUAAAAUAGUGAUUUACCUGUGAGUCGUCCUGACAGACACAAAGCUGCUAUUUCACUCAAUUAAAACAUUUAAAUUAGAUUUCUCAGGUUUAAAUGUAUUUUUUGUAACAGAAAAUAAAUGUUUUCAA